UGCUGAGACAACUCGGAGAUCCAACGACUCGUCGGUUUACCAUCGUUCUGUAUCACUCUAGUUACACCGUCGUUAAGCCAGGAAGUUCUCACAAAACAAGUCAAGUCACCGGCACUUUAAAGACAGCAUCUUUAGAGAUCACGUAUCCAUGUCAUCUUGUGACUCGACUUAGAUCCUCCCACUAGGGAUACGGACUAUUUAAACCACGCACAGCAUCAUCCCGAACCUUUCAGAGAUACGUGCGCCAGAGAUAUCUGAAAUACAUUUUUUUUUCGCUAUAAAGGAGUGCCAGCUCUCAUUCUGGCUGCCACUAUGCCACUUCUGGAAGAAAGCUCCCUGCUGACGGAGUGUGCUCGAACUGUUCCGGUAGUCAUCAUUGGAAAUGGUCCUUCAGGGAUUUGCUUGUCAUACCUGCUGAGUGGAUAUACUCCUUAUUUAGAUCCUAUGGCUGGGCACCCAAACACCAUCCUUUUUCGUAAACUACAGGAAGCAAAACAGGUUCCCAUUACUGAACAGGAUUUGGAGUAUCUCUGUGAGGGUUUAGAAGGGCGAUCCGAAAACCCAGUGGCAGUGCUCUUUGACACCCUCCUUCAUCCAAAUGCAGAUUUGGGCUUUGAGUUCCCUUCUGUACUGCAAUGGAGGCUGGAAAAGAAACACCACAUUCCUCAUCUGGUCUUAGGCAAAGCUUCACCUGGUGGGGCCUGGCACGCAAUGGAGGGUUCAAUGUUGACAAUCAGUCUUGGGAUAUGGAUGGAGUUACCAGGAGUCAACUACAGAGAUUUGAACUUAGGCAAAAGGAGGGUGUCCAACGAUCGAGCCACUCCAGAGGAGAUCUCUUCGUACUACAAAAAUUAUGUCAAGAUCAUGGGCCUCCAAAAGAACUUUGUCGACAACACAUAUGUCACAUCUGUUCAGAAACUCCACCGGAGUCAUGAAAAAAGUCUUAGGAAUGAAAAAGAAACUGGUCAGAUGAAUGGCUGUGAAUACUGCAAUAAGAAUGGGACUGAGAAUGGUCAGAAUGGAACGAUGAAUGGGUUUAGUAACGAGAUUCAAAAUGCAAUGGAAAAUACCUGUACAAGUGGGGAAAUCAGGGAGAAGGACAAAGAUAAAAGAGGCAAAGAAGAAGUGAAACAGAGUUUUGGGAAUUCAAAGGCACUCUGGGAGGUCAGGGGUUACCAGCAGUUUAAAGGUGACACUAACGUCCCCUUUAGCUUAUUUGCAGAGAAUGUUGUCUUGGCAACAGGAGCAUCCGACUCACCAGCUCGACUUGGAGUAGAGGGUGAAGAUCUCCCCUAUGUGUUUCACAGCGUUCGUGAUCUUGGGGUGGCUGUCAGCUGUCACGGCAACCUGGGACCUUCCUCGGACCCAGUGCUGGUAGUGGGGGCGGGCCUUAGCGCAGCUGAUGCAGUGCUGUGUGCUCGGAACCGUGGGGUCCCCGUGUUGCAUGCCUUCCGCAAGUCUGCCGAUGACCCAGGUCUCAUCUUCAAACAGUUGCCAAAGACACUUUACCCUGAAUAUCACAGGGUCUAUCACAUGAUGUGUUCUCAUGCAUACCCAUCAUCCCCUGUCGCCAACAAUACAACCACCAGCCCUUCUCUGUUCCCAGACUACACCAGCUUCCCAGAGCACUGUGUACUCUCCUUCCAGCCUGACAUGCACUGUGUGAUGAGGGGAUCUAAUGGUGUUUUGAGGGCUUUAAAAGUCUCCAUGGUGCUAGUUCUGAUCGGGUCAUAUCCCGAUUUGUUUUUCUUAAAGGACCAAGGGCGCUACCUUGGCUUGGAUUCCAGUAGGCCAAUUUCCUGCAAACAAAAUCCUAUCGACAUAAAUCCCUACACAUUUGAGUGCAAUGCUGAGCCUGGGCUAUUCGCCAUGGGUCCUCUUAUUGGUGACAAUUUCGUACGCUUCCUAAAAGGAGGUGCUCUUGGUAUUGCAGGCUGUCUACUUAGGAGAUUAAAACAGAUGAACAAAAAAUAGGAAAUUGAUCGGGGAGGAAGGAGGGUGCGGAUGACGGGAAAGAGAAGGCAGCAGGGAGGGAUUUUCAUGAAAGAAGGAGCUCAUUUUUAUAUAAAUGCAGUACAACUUGAAAGAGACGUACAAUUAUAAAAAUGAGGCUGGGGAACUCUUUUAUCUUUCGACUCUCAGGAGCAGGGAUACUCUCUUCCCAGCUAAGUCUGAGAUUGACCGAGUGUUUUACAGGUCAGAAAUCAUGUGCCAAUGUCAGUUUAUGUGAAGCACGCUUUACCUCUAAUUGUUGCAAAUACUGUCAGUUGCCUUGGUGUUACUUGUAAUAAGUUCUGCUUUUGCAGCAAAUUUCCCAGUUAAGUUUAUAGUGCCUAAGGCAAGGAGACUUGCACUGAGCUGUACAAGCAAGCAACACAUCAAGAGCAGAUUCAAAAGGCCCAAUUCUUAAAAACAACGUCUUGUGCAGACUGCACAAACCAUUGAAAUACCAGUGAAUGCCUAAUUUUUAUUAAAGACGCACACACUUUUACCAUGGCCUUACCCCAAAUAUCAAGUAUACUUGUUAAAUUUUGGUUAGUUAGAUAUAUUAUUAUACAAAAGACAGAACCACACUUUUGUCUAGAGCUUUAGAAGCGCCUAACUGGUUGUCUUUAGAUACUGUACCUCCUUCCUAGUCUCACGUAGAUUCGUACAAAUAGCAUUGAGUAUGAAAAACUUGUGCAGUAUAUAAGCCAAAUUCCAAUUUGGUGUGCAUAUGAUACACCAGUCCUUCCCGUACACUUAAUACUGCGCAUCUUUUUUGUCAUUUUAUGUAUUGGUUUUUCAAAUUUUUCUGUUUUUUUUUCAACCAUUUUCGCUUGGGUUUGGGGUUAUAUUUCAGAUUUGCUUUAGGAUGUUAUUUGGGUUUCUCCAUGUUUUUGUCCAUUUUUAAGCCAUGGUCGCUCGGAGUUGGGGUUAGAAUUGGGAUUUGGGAUACGAUCUCAUUUUACGACAAAAAAGACGCACUGUAUUUAGUGAACAGGAAGGAAGGGAAAUUGGAAUUUGGGGUAUGUAUUGCACAAGUUUACACCCUUCGUGCUAUUUAUAGACAUCUCCAUAAGACCUGGUUGGUAUCUCUAGACUGGGGUGUCACACUCAGUUCUACAGCAACCAGCUCCAACACAACGACUUGAGUUUCUAGUAAUCCUGAAGAUCUUGAUUAGCUGUAUCAGAUGUCUUUGAUUAAGGUUGGAUAUUAACUCUGCAGGACAUGGUUAUGUCUAGAAGGUAUACAGCAGCAGACAAAACCUAGUGAAAUCUCAACGGAUGAGCACUAUUUUUAUCCUAAUCCUACCACAAGUCCCAACCCUUAACCCAACAUUUAACAGGUUUUAGGCCGUAGCUGUAUCUCAUCUAGCCAGAACUGCUGUUUUCAUCCUUAUCCUGCCCCCAAACUCAACAUUUAGACUGUAGCUUUAUCGCAUCUAGCCAAAACCACAAGACACUGGCCCUUCAGGAACUAGGGUUGACAUCCCUGCUCUAGACUGUGUAGAAGAGUUAUGAUAAUGCAGAAAACGCAAUAUUGUAAAAGCAUUCAAACCAAACCUUGCUCUUUUUCCAUAAACCAAAAACAUACAAGUGCCAAACCCCAGAAUUGAAUGGCCAUUUACAGUGACUGCGCUGUUUUUUAGACUAAUUUCUAAAUACUUUCAGUUUAAUUCAACAUAAAAUAUUUUAGAAAUUAUUCAACAAAUUCACUCUUUGUUGUGAAUAAAUAACUAUUUUAAAACAGGCUUUAAAAUAUGAAAAUUGUUACAUUUUUACCGUUAGGAUUGUAAAUUUAAACUGCUGAGGAUGUCACAGAUGCAGGAUCUUAUCAAAGUACUUGAAAUUGUGCUCACACAAACCCUAAAUUGACAGAACUGAGCUGUAAUAAAGUCAGCAGUCAUUUAAUGAUGAAUAGUUGACAGUAA